CGAAGCCGGAAAUUUAACUUCCCUGUUUUUCCAGGAACCGGAAGCGCCAGCUCUGAGGCAAACCGGGCAGCGGGGAAGCAGUGGGGUCCUGCUCCUCCCCGGGCCCCGCUCCUCGCCCUCCCCCUCGUCCUCCGGCGGCGGCGAUGAAGCUUCUUCCCCCGCGCCGGGCGGGGAGGCGUUUCGUGCUGGGCGCCACCGUGCUGCUGUGGCAGCUGAGCGCGACCGCCCAGGCGGUGGAGCCCAUCAGCCUCGGCUUGGCCCUAGCCGGCGCCGCCGCCUCCGCCCUCACAGGAAUCAUCUCCUACCCGAAGCUCUACUGCUACUUCGCCCACUGCUGCCUCCACAAGCCUGACGCCCGCAGCGGGACAGUGCUUCAAGAGGGUUUGGAUGACCAACUCUUUGGGCAGCAUCUAGCGAAGAAGGUGAUUGUGAAAUCGCUUACUGGAUUUUUGAAUAAUCCAAACCCAAAGAAGCCUCUGACACUCUCCUUACAUGGCUGGACUGGGACUGGCAAAAACUUUGCUAGUAGGAUAAUCGUGGAGAGCCUUUAUGAAGGAGGCCUCAACAGCAAAUUUGUACAUCAGUUUGUAUCCACUCUGCAUUUUCCUCAUCAGCAGAACAUUUCCCAGUACAAGGACCAGUUGCAGAUGUGGAUCCGGGGCAAUGUGAGCAGCUGCCCAAGAUCCGUCUUCAUAUUUGACGAGAUGGACAAGAUGCACGCUGGCCUCAUCGACUCCAUCAAGCCUUUCCUGGAUUACUACGAGGAGCUGGACGGUGUUUCUUAUCGGAAAGCUAUCUUCAUCUUCCUUAGUAAUGCAGGGGCUGAAAAGAUCACCGAGGUGGCGUUGGACUUCUGGAGGAGGGGAAAGAGGAGGGAGGACCUGAGCUUACGGGACCUGGACCUGACCAUGUCUGUUUUCAAUAACAAAAACAGUGGCUUUUGGCACAGCAGCCUGAUUGACAAACACCUCAUCGAUUAUUUUGUACCCUUCCUGCCUCUGGAGUACAAGCACGUGAAAAACUGCAUUCGGGUCGAGCUUGAAUCCCGCAACUACGAGGUGGAUGAGGACAUUGUGACCCAGGUUGCUGACGAGAUGACUUACUUCCCAAAAGAAGAGCGGAUCUACUCUGAUAAGGGAUGCAAGACUGUUUGCACAAAGCUGGAUUUCUACCUGUAAUGCAUAUAUUUAUGAUUACCUGGUUUUCGAAGAAAAUGAACCCAAUCACAGAACUUUGAGAAACUGAAUCUUUUUUUUCUUUUUAAAAAAGAUUUUUAAUUAUGUCAAGAUUGGAGACAGCUCAGUAGUUUAUCAGAGUGGAAUGACGAACCUGAUCCUACAAAUUACUCAGUCUUGCGGCCUUGUGUUGUGGUUUGGUCCACUCCAGAGCAUCUUUUACUGAUGCCUGUCCUGUGAAAACCACCUGAAUUCUUUCCACAUCUGCUUUAUGGACCAGUGAUUGUGUCUGUGACUGAGUUCUAAUGAGAUCUCUGAUGUUGGAACCGCCUCCCAAUCUUCUUAAAAAUUAUGACUCCUCCCAAGGAAUGAAGGAAUGUUCUUGAGGAAGCUUAGGAAAAGAUGUGUAGCUUUCCAUGACAGCCAACUCUUUCUUGAAUGGUUUCAGUAAUAGCGGCAGAGAGAGCGAUGUAACAUGGUAUUUUCAAACUGUUUGCAGGGGUGGUUUUCUGUUCUUUGCAAGUGUUUGGGGUGGGGGGCAGUUCAUCAACGAAUUGGCCAGUAUGGGUGUAAAAACCUCAAUGAGGGAAUACUUGUGGGGGUCAGACUGGCUUCCACCUUGGCCCCCAUCUCCAUUCAGCAGCAGAAUAUUUGCGCCCUUUCGCAUGUGAGGAGUGUAACGAACUUACCCACUGCCCUGUGUCAGCAGAGGUGGCCCUCUAGGCCACUCCCAGAAUCCUUUGCAAUGCAAGGUGUGACACAAAAGAUUCCCUGACCCUCAAAACCUUAAAAGCCACUGCCUUAAAUCUCAGAAUGCAGGGGGUUGUGAGAGAUUUUGAUAUUCAAACUAAUUUAUAUGUAAAAAUAAAUAAAUUCAGAAAGGCUUUUUGAAAACAGUCUAUCAAAAGGAGUAUGUCACUGAUGGCACUAACAGGAAGAGAGGGUUUUUUUUUCUUUUUACCUGCCUCAGUUCCCACUUCUCUUGGAACCACUGAGGCAAAAACAGGCAGGGGUUUCCAGGGUGGUUUAAAGUACAUGUGGGACAACCUCUACUCCUGCUGUUUUGUGGGUUGUGACAGCUUUCCAGGGGCUGAUUUUGAGUGGUGGGGGAAGCCAUGUUGGAUUCUCAUUCCAAUAAAGCCAUCUUGUGCUGGAGAAGAGCAGUUGAUAAAUCAAAGCUCAUGUAGGGCAGAAGGAAAACAGCUUUUCUCGAUCUUACUGAACACAACUCCCAAGUUCUCAGCACUAUCCUCUGAAAGCCUAGCUUCUGUUAAAAAGGCCCUUGUCAAAGGGUGAGAGUGCAUCUUACAAAGAGCACAAGUGCUGCUGUUGGAUUAUGCAGUUUUGUGUCAAGGGGUCCUCAUUUAAGCGCUUAGCAGCAUCUAGCUCACAGUCAGCCAGCCUGUGGCCUAAUUUCACAUUGGUGGCAGGAAGGAGCAUGGAAGAGAGAAAAAUAUAGCAGUUGCCACACACUCUUUUGAGUUUGGUCAUGUCCCGCUGUUGGCACACACCCCAAGAAAAUACUCCUGGAUGAAUCUGUUUGGUAUAACAGAGUUAACAGCUGCCCUUAACUGGGCAAUUUUGUGUCAAGUCUCGGCAUUUGUGAAGAAAUGCUUCUCCAUGGCUCACUUUUGCAUGUAACUCACCAAACCGUGGACAGUGACAGUUUUCACUAUGGCUUGUCAGGACAAACCCAGGGGUAACAGCCGUCAUAUGGCUGCACAGCUACUGCUAUAAUGUAGAAACAAGAUUGAGUAACAGGGCAGUAUCACUAACAUACUUCGCCUGCCGAGAAGUUCAAAUUAUUGUUUAAGCAACCAUAAGUAAAAAAAAAAAACCACAUGUUUUGAUGUGUCGGGGCAUUGGAUUAAGCCUACAUAAAGUCAAUUGCACUUUGGUCCUCUUGAAAUCAAGCUUAGAUUAGUUAAGAUAGUCCCCUGUCCCUUCCUUCUACCCAACUCCCACUCCCAUUUUUUUUAAAAAAAAGCCUCUGUAGAACUGAAGAACUGAACAAAGUAA